UGAAAUACAUGAGAGAAGCAACCCCCUAUGUGAAGAAAGGCUCCCCUGUUUCAGAAAUCGGGUGGGAGACACCUCCCCCUGAGUCUCCCCGCCUGGGUUGUGCCUCUGCGGACCCACUGUCGCAGCUCUCGCUCUCCAUCCACAGAGACAAGAAGACGAUACCGCUCAAGAUGUGCUACGUGACGCGCAACAUGACGGUGUCAGACCCUGAAAACAGACUUAUUGAAGUUCAUUCACCUGAUGCCAAGCACACCGUGGUGCUCAGGAGUAAGGAUUCAGCUACAGCCCAGGCCUGGUUCAAUGCCAUCCACUCCAGUGUCAAUGAGCUCAUCCCCAGGGUGAUUGCAGAGGUCAGAGACCAGCUGGGUAAAACAGGGAUUGCUGGAAGUCGAGAGAUUAGGCAUCUAGGCUGGCUUGCAGAAAAGGUGCCAGGGGACAACGAGAAACACUGGAAGCCAGUGUUAGUGGUCUUGACGGAGAAAGACCUCUUAAUAUAUGAGAGCAUGCCGCGGAUGAAGGAAGCUUGGUUCAGCCCUCUGCAUACCUACCCCCUGCUAGCCACCAGGUUGGUCCAUUCUGGCCCAGGAAAAGGCUCGCCACAGUCAGGGAUGGAUUUAUCUUUUGCAACCCGCACCGGUACAAGGCAGGGGAUAGAAACCCAUCUGUUCAGGACAGAGACUAGCCGAGACCUCUCACUGUGGACACGGAGCGUGCAGCGUCGGCGGGCCUGCCACAACUCUGCAGAGCUCAUCACGGAAAUCACCACAUCUUGCACAUACAAAAGCCAGGAGUGCCGCUUGACCAUCCAUUAUGAACAUGGAUUCUCUCUUACAACUGAACCACAAGAUGGUGCCUUCUCUAAGACAAUUGCACAAUAUCCCUACGAAAAACUGAAAAUGUCCUCGGAUGAUGGGAUAAGGAUGCUUUAUUUAGACUUCGGAGGAAAGGAUGGAGAAAUUCAACUGGACCUUCACUCCUGUCCAAAACCAAUUGUGUUCAUCAUUCAUUCCUUCCUCUCAGCAAAGAUUACGAGACUUGGCUUGGUGGCAUAAGUGGGAUUCAUGUGUUUCUU